AUGAUUAAUAGUAUCAUUCGUCCUUUUAUUAAACCCCCAUUUCCUCCACCAAUUGGUCCAAAAGAUUUAAUAACAAAAUCUAUCGCCGGUAAAAAACCGAGUCGAGCUCCUAAUGCAUUUAUUAUUUAUCGUAAAAUGUAUGUUCGAGAGUCUAGGAAUGAAGGUUAUUGCUUCCCAAUGACCGUUCUUUCUUCAAUGGUUAGUCAAUCUUGGGAAAAAGAACCGGAGGAAGUGAAGGAUUAUUAUAAAAGGCUAGCCAAGGCAACUUUCGAUUAUCGUAAUGAAUUAUAUCCUAAAUCUGAAAAUAAAAAGAAAAAGAGAAGUAACUGGAAUGUGAUCUCCUUUGAAAAGGUUUUAAAUCAAAAUAAUGAUAAUGAAAAGUUCACACCUGUCACAACCCAUUUUGAUAACAUCUCGACUCCUAAUAAUGAUAAUCAUCAUCAAAUUGACGAACUGAAUUUCAUUAAUCAGAUUUUAACUCCGGACCUUUCAUCCACUGCGGCCACUUCGCCAACCAUUGAUGAAAUUAAUGACCAACCCGUUCUUGAUCCCAAUCAAAACUUUAAUGAAUUUUAUAACCAACCCUACAUUGAUACCAAUCAACCCUACCCGAAUCUAUUAACUUCAAGUGAUGAUAAUUGGAACUUUAAUUCUUAUACUGAUGAUUGCGGUCAACAACUUUUUGAAAAUUUUCAACAAGGAUUUGAUUCUUGUGAUUUCUUCGUUAAUCAAAUUAUUGACAAUCAAAUUCAAAAUUUUAAUGACUUUCCAAAUCAACAACCAAAUCGUUUUCAAGUAUAUCCCGAUAAUUCUACCACCUCUUCUGAUGCACUCGGCAUCUUUCAACAUCAGGAUGAACCUGCGUCGAAUUUACAGCCAUUUCAUUCCAGCACGAAUGUAAUGAAUGAUAUCAACACUAUUUCGGAUAACGCUUUCGCUACUUUUAUGUUCGAACCAUUUGAUUACCAUACUUUUUAUUAA